AUGACUACUUUCCGAGAACACGAUCCAGUAUCUGAGGAAGAUACCCCAGAAACACGACCAGUGACUUCUGACGAAGAAGUACCACCAUUUACGCUUAGCGACGCCACUACAGAGGAGUUAACAGACCUCUACGACAAAAAGUCGACAGAAGCGGCAAACGCGGGAGUCUACAAUGAUGACUUCAGCAAAAUUGCCUUCGUCCUCUCCCAAAUCGAUUCCUCAUCCACAGCAGGAAAGUGGGCCGAGUCAUGGGAAGCCAACCAAAUGGCAAAACACAGCAAUCUUGGGACGUACCAAGAUUUCAAAACGACGCUUACCGAAAAGUAUGGGGGUGUCGUGACCAAGGACCAAGCCUGGCAAGUACUUCUCAAAGGAAAGUACAAGCAGGACAAACAAAGCGUCGAUGAAUAUAUCGGAAAUCUCGAUAUCCUCUACCGAUAUGCCGAAAUCGACGAUGAAUACGCCAAGCUCAUCCACUUCAAGCGAGGCCUUAAUGAGAAACUUGCAGAAAAAGUCUUUAUCAUGGAAAAUCCGCCGACAACCUAUGCAGCAGCAUGCAAAGCUGCAAGAAAGGUCACAGAUCUCCAGGACAUUCAUAACGGAAAGACAAAUAUCUUCAAGUUCAUCUCAGGCUCUUCAGGAAGCGGAAGAAGGACAGAGAAGGACCCCGAUGCGAUGGACGUCGACCGGAUCUCCUCAGAAACCCAUCAGAAACGUUCUGUGGGUGGACUCUGCUACAACUGCGGAAAGCCAGGACAUGUCGCAGCACAAUGCCCGAAUCCAGAAUAUGAUCCGGCACCAGAUCGCUCAGGAAAGACAACUUCAUAUGCCAAAACCAAGACGUCCAAUUCUGGGACGACGAAAUACUCCAGAUCUGGCAGACGAAGAAAGACUUCCAAGCCGACUAAAUCUUACUCCAAGGGAACGGAGAAGAAACGCCGACGAGUAAAAAGAGUCGAAGAAAGCGACUCUGAGGAUAACUCGGAGGAGUCGGAACAGGAAAAAUCAGAAUCCUCAUCAUCGGAAGAAUCAGAAUCUGAGUCAUCGGAAUCUGAAGAAGUAUCCGAACAAGAAACGGUUGUUCACAGGGUACGAAGAGCUCGCCCUGUUAAAACCAAAACAGUUCGCAAAAUUAGGCGAACCAAGGAUGAAUCCAGCGACUCAGAAGAAGCGUAUGUGGUUCGACAAUUCAUCCCCAAAGAAGAACUCGCCAGGAUACGACGAGAGGAUGCACUCAAACUACGAGGAGACCGUAUUAAGAAACGCAAUAUGACGAUGCCCCAUCUCGACGAUCUUCUGGAGUUCGGAGACAAUCCAGACAGAUAUGAAUAUGCACGCCGAUAUCCACCACCUAUGGAGAAAGACGAUCCAGAGGGUUUUGGAAUUGGGUGCGCGUCGGGAUCUCGUGGCACCCAGAUAGAGAAACGGUCCCCGAGGAAGUAA